CCCUAGUUCAUUCCUAGCUUUCCUACCCUGCAAACGACCUAUGUAACUUUUAUCCCACCUCCUGCGACGUUUCCGCAGAGCUCUCCACGGCCAUCCAUCCUCUACAACCCAGACAGAGUCUACCAGCGUCUGUCGCUCUUACAGACUCUUCAUCAUGAUUUCGUCACGAGCCCUUAUCCGAAUUGGCCACCAGGUGCGCCCCCAACAUAUUGUAACCAGAUUACGAUGCACAAGAUUCACAGCACCAUCCAUAUCAGCGCCUAAAAGUCGUCUCCUUAGCCAAUCUCUCCCGACACUGAGAAAGCGACGCAAUGACCCCGAAGACGAGCAGCCGACAUCGAAAAGCUCCUCCGCAGCAGACAGCGCACCCGAAGAUCCCCUCGACUUCUCCAGCCUUAUAAGCGCAUACGCACCCAUUGAUACACACUUCCGCGCACAGCUCUCGACCAUUGCGCACGGCGGCCGCUUCAACCCCGACCACCUGGGCUCACUCAACGUCCCUGUCAAAGUCGACGGUGAAGACAUGGGCAGCUUCCCUCUUCGUGAGCUUGCGCAAGUGGUACCUCGCUCGGGACGCACCAUCUCCCUGCUGGUAAACGACCGCGAAUAUAUCAAGCCCAUCAUGUCGGCGGUGCAGUCGAGCCCCGACUUUAACCAGCAGCCGCAGCGCUCCGAGGACAACGACCUGGAGCUCCUGCUGCGCGUGGAGAUGCAGCGCAAGGACGAGGUGCUUCGCCGCAUCAAGGAGACGGCACAGGCGUGGCGCGACCGCGUUCGACAGGCCAGAGCGAAGCACGACAAGCAAAUUAAGGAUUGGAAGAAGGCUGGCACUAUCCUGCCGGACGUGGCGAAGCGCGCAGACAAGGAGCUGCAGAAGCUGCAGGAUAAGAAGAUUAAAGAGAUUGAUGGCGAAGAGACACAGACUGUCCGCGCACUUGACAGGAACUAAAAAGACAAGCACUUGGAGAGAAACGGGCUUCUUUGAUGCAAAACUUUUGUAACACUAUAUUACACAUGUAUUCUAAUCAUGAAAUGGGCGGCUGUAUACACUGGGUGAUUUUCCCCCACUCUAGACUUUUACAUAUUACACUGUCCUCCUCUUCCCUAUAUUUCUCGCUGUGCUGAUUGAUUCAUGAGGUGGUGACUUUAUGUUGAUUUGGCUUUGGCUGCUUUGCCCUUCUUUGCAGGUGCAGCAGCAGCUUGUUCGGCCUUCUUAGGCGCAGCCUUAAUAUUGCCGAGGAUAGAGUUGAGCUUGGCUUCGAAUUGUGUAAUCUCGCGCUGGCGGUAAGAGCUGGAGCGCAGGAACUGCGACUUGAUGGUGCCCGCUGUGUCCUCAGCGUACUGAGGAGCCUCGUGCUUGCCCAUGACAGCCUGGUCCAAGAUGAGCUGCUUCAAAGACUCCUGUACCUCAGCGAGCUUCACCGGGUUGGCAGGGGCAUCACCCUCUCCAACUGCCUCAGCCAGCUCUUCCAGACGCUGCUUGACGGCCUCCUUGUCGGCGGGAUCAGCAAAGUACUGAAGACCAUACUUCUCAAGCUCGGCAAUGUAGCCCGAGACCUGGAUGUUGGAGGUCAAGGAUGUGCUAUCGGUCGAUCCAAUCGUGUCCAAAACUUUCAGAACGGCCGCGCGGCGAGAAGCCGGUGUAGACGGGCCUACAGGGACCAAGUCGAUGAGCGACUGGUCAAUCUUGGGCUGGAAUUCAGCUACGGCGCCGAAACGGUUAACAUGGUCCAGGGCAGCAAGCUCCUCAUCCAGCACCUCUCCGAAGAAGCCGUCUCCUCUCUGCUCCUUCUCACCAAACUUUCUGUCUCCUGGCUUGCGAGUGCGCAUGCCGCCACGGGGCUUGCCUCUGUUCAAGGCGCCGCCACGCCCUCUCGUCGCACCUGCGAAUCUGUUGGUGCCUGUCGGGGAAGCAGGUCGGCCGGAUUGUCCUUGGAAUCCACCACGUCCCCGAAGACCACCGCGUCCUCGGGUGAGCCCGCCCCUGGGCAAGCUGCGGACGCUCAAGAUCUUGGGCGCCGCGUCGCCUGACGCAGCAGUCUUCUGGAAAUAAGCGCCAUCGGGACGCCCAGAUGCUUUGGGAGACUUUGAGCUGUUUUUAACGACGGAUUGGACUUCGGAAGCCGCCGCUUGGCCGCGCUGUCGUGCGCUAGAUGGUGUCGAGUUUGACGGACGGGGGCUCGGUGCCUUGCCUUCGAGUAGCGAUUGGGACGUAGCAAACGCUCGGAUGGAGUUUAUCGUGGUGUUGACGUUUAGUGAAUCGUUUUUUCUUGCCCUCAAGCAGACUGAGCGGAACGCUUGCCGAUGCAUUUUGAUUUGGCAGACAAUUGGCCUGGUAAGUCGUUGCGGU